AUGGGAGUAGUGAGCAGCAGAAAACUGGCUAAGGAGAAAGGAAAGAAUUGGUGGAGUUUUGAGAAGGAGCCUCAGAUCGCCUUCCCAAACAAGCCUCCUCCACCUCUGCCUCCAUUGGUUGUUUUCAAUCACGUUACUACGCCAACCCCUGUUCUAAGUCCUGAUCAAGAGGAGCACUAUGUGGUUGCCUUGUGGGAUUAUGAAGCUGUGAAUGAUCGGGACCUGAAGGUGGUGAGGGGAGAGAAGCUGCAAAUCUUGAUGAAAAAUGGAGACUGGUGGAUGGCCAAAUCACUUGUCACUGGAAGGGAAGGCUAUGUCCCUAGCAACUUUGUUGCUCGAGUAGAGACUCUGGAAAUUGAAAAGUGGUUCUUCAAAACGAUCAGCCGGAGAGAUGCUGAAAGGGCACUCCUGGCUCCUGUCAACAGGGCUGGUGCAUUCCUUAUUAGAGAGAGUGAAACAAACAAAGGUGCCUUUUCCCUGUCUGUGAAGGACACCACCUCUGCUGGGGAUGUGAUCAAACACUAUAAGAUCCGGUCCUUAGAUGAAGGAGGAUAUUAUAUUUCUCCCAGGAUUACCUUCCCUUCGCUACAAGAUUUGGUCCAACAUUAUUCUAAGAAAAGGGACGGUUUAUGCCAGAAGCUGACUUUGCCCUGUGUGAUUCUGGAUCCUCAGACCCACUGGGCCCAGGACGAAUGGGAAGUGCCCCGGCAGUCACUGAAACUGGUGAGGAAACUUGGUGCUGGACAGUUUGGAGAAGUCUGGAUGGGUUAUUAUAAAAACAACAUAAAGGUGGCCAUCAAGACCCUGAAGGAGGGCAGCAUGUCUCCUGAGGCCUUCCUUGCUGAGGCCAAUAUGAUGAAAACCCUCCAGCAUGACAAACUGGUCCGUCUCUAUGCAGUGGUUACCCAGGAACCCAUCUAUAUUGUCACAGAGUACAUGGCCAAAGGGUGCUUAUUGGAUUUCCUAAAGACAGAAGAAGGUUGUAAGCUGCCGUUAUCAAGACUGAUUGACAUAAUGGCCCAGAUUGCAGAAGGGAUGGCCUAUAUUGAGCAAAGAAAUUCCAUCCACCGAGACUUGAGGGCAGCCAACGUGCUGGUGUCCGAGAGUCUGUGCUGCAAAAUUGCGGACUUUGGCUUGGCCAGGAUUGUAGAUAGUGAAUAUACAGCCCAUGAAGGUGCCAAGUUCCCCAUCAAGUGGACAGCCCCAGAAGCCAUUAAUUUUGGAGUGUUCUCCAUCAAAUCAGAUGUUUGGUCCUUUGGAGUUCUCCUGACGGAAAUUGUUACCUAUGGACGGAUUCCUUACCCAGGCAUGACCAACCCGGAAGUCAUUCGGAAUCUGGAACGAGGUUAUCGAAUGCCUUGCCCUGAAAUGUGCCCAGCCGAGCUCUAUAGUAUCAUCAGCAAAUGUUGGCGCAACAGGCCAGAGGAGAGGCCCACCUUCGAAUAUUUACAGUCUGUGCUUGAGGACUUCUACACAGCCACGGAGCAACAGUAUGAACUACAGCCCUAGAAGAUGGCACUGCUCUCCCCCUCAAUCCUGGCCUUUUAGCAGAGCUUGAAGAGGUUCUUCAGCUGAGUCCCACAGACUUCUCUUGACAGCCUCCUAAAGCCUACAUAAUUCCUGUCUUCUUGACUCACAAGGAUAGAGGGACUAGGAUCAAAAUAUUUAUAGAGAGGAAAUUGUUUCUCAGAUGAAUAGCUUUGCCCGACAGGGGAGGUAAGUGAAAGAAGAUGCCAGCCUAAAUGGUAGUUACUGAGCCUAAAUCAAGGCCUCACUAUAAUAAAGUCAUCAUUAAAGGAAGAGCUGCCAAUUCCAAGGCCCUGAUAGCACCAGAUAGGCAGCAAGCUGUCUCUGUUGUCCUGGAAAGAACCCAGGCAGAACUGAGAUUC